AUCUCAAAUCAAUCUCUCAACAAGAAAUUACUAUCAUUCUUUGUAGUUAUUAUGGGCAUGCCUAUGGCUCCAGGACAAAGCAUGCCUAUGUCCAAUGGCACAAUGAUAAUGAACAUGCAAAUGAGUUUCUUUUGGGGCAAAAAUGCCAUAGUGCUUUUCUCAGGGUGGCCAAAUAACAGCCUUGGAAUGUACAUCUUAGCUAUUUUGUUUGUGUUCAUUUUAGCUUUGGCUGCCGAGGUUUUGUCGAACCAACCAUCGAUCAAACGUGGGACUAAUCCACUCAAGGGAGGAUUGAUUCAGUCUGGUGUUUACUUCUUUCGUAUCAGUUUCAUUUACUUGCUUAUGCUUGCUGUUAUGUCUUUCAAUGUUGGAAUCUUUAUAGCUGCUGUUCUUGGUCAUUCAUUGGGAUUCUUUGUCGCGAGAUCACGUGCUAUUGCUGUUGCAAAUGGGGAAGAUCAACGAUCCGACUCGGCUACACUUAAGAUUUGAACUAUUUUGUACUACAUAUAUGUUUUUCAUGCUGCAUGGUUUUGUUUAUUAAUUAAUCUUUAUAUAGCAUGUUGUGUUCAAAGAUUUCUACCUUUUUCAUUAGGGUUUACAGCCUUAUUUCCAUGGUUUAUGUAAAGGAAAGACAUACCAAUAAGCACUUGAGAGAGUGGAGGUGCAAUGAACUAAAUACGUAUGUAGUUGGAUUUCAUGCUGUCAUGUGUGUCUUUCGAGUGAAUUCUCAAUCGUUAGAUUAAUCUAAUGAUCGGUAUAAAUCAAUAUUUGUAGACGUUAGAUUAAUACAAUGAUUGAGAGAUAUGCAGUGUGGUCGGGUGGAUUUGUUUUAUGUUAGGGAGGUGCCAUGACACCACCAAAAUUUUUAUUUUUUUAUUACAUAUAUUCUAUAAAUUGUAACAUUGUUCUUGAAAAAAAAAUUGUAACAUUGCUCUAU